UGAGCUGUACUGUGCUGGGCUGAGCUGGGCUGUGUGAUUGCCUGGACAAGGUGCUGGGAACCCGGGUGCACAGACAGAGACAGACAGACACACACACACACAGAGAGAGAGAGAGUGCAUCUGCGAUCUGGGAAAGUCAGGCACAACAUGGGGGAAACCACAGAGGAGUGGAAAGGAGCCCAUUACGCUUUCAAGUCGCGAUGGGGUGCGACAUACGACGAGUUGUGCCGCUACAGCAUGUCUUUCGAUCUCCACAAAACCAUCAGGAGUGACUUCUUUGAGAGCUACCUCUUUUUGCUGGAGAACCUGCCUUUGGUGAAACUGUUCACUUUGACCAGUGAAGUGAUUCGGGGUGAAAUGCAGUUUUACGCCAAAGCGAAACGUUUCUAUGAAGAGGUACCAGCGACAGAGGAGGGGAUGAUGGGAGACUUUGUGGAACUGAACAGCUUAGACGUGGAGGCCUCCAGGGCAUUCCUGAAGAAGUUUGUAGGAGGCCCAGGAAAGGCUGACACAGAAUUCGCCCUGGACUGUGGCUGCGGGAUCGGAAGAGUCUCCCGACAGGUCCUCCUGCCCGUCUUCUCCUCGGUGGACAUGGUGGACAUGAUUGACAACUUCUUGUUUGCAGCUCCUUCUUACCUGGGAAUGGGGGCGAGCCAGGUGAAGAACUACCACUGUUCUACCUUACAGGAAUUCACUCCCGCCACUGGGAUGUACGAUGUUAUCUGGAUCCAGUGGGUAACCGGACACCUGACUGACAGAGACCUGAUGGAGUUCUUAGCAAAAUGCAAGAACAGUCUGAAGGACAAUGGGGUUGUGAUCAUUAAAGAUAAUGUUGCUAGAAAGGGCUGCAUCCUCGACCAAAUGGACAGCAGCAUGAUCCGGGAGAUCGAGAUUUUAAGGAAGAUCAUUGCAAAGACUGGACUGGAGAUCGUUUGUGUGGAGAAACAGCUGGAUAUCCCCGAACAGUUCAUACCCUUGUGGAUGAUAGCCCUGAACCCCCCCUCCCCAACGCAGGCCUUUGGAAAAACUCUUCUAAACCGUUGAAGCACUCUAACCAUAAACUGCAUUGGAUUUUAUGAAAAGGGGAAAAGGAGCUCCAACUGAGAGACACUUAACUUAAUUUGGCGUGUGGUUUCCAAGCGGCUUCUUAAAUUUCAACAGCUGCACAACUGCUGAAUCUCAGGCUCUCCUGUGUGUCAGCUAAAGUGGACAAUUAUACUUCAGAUGAGAUCAGCAAUCUCCCAGCGCCCCAAAUAACAUUGCCACAGAGCCUGCAGAGUAAACUCCAACCUCCUGCGCCACUAAGUGACAACACUCUUAGAUGGUCAGGUGGGGUGUGAAAACUUUCCCUUUAACCAACCUUCCCCCCACCUCCUCUCGCCCCAUCUCCUUCAAGAAAAUCUAAAUGAUAAUAAAGAUCCUUGCUUUUGAUAUGGCA